AUGCCUGCCGUCGAUGUUGCUAUGGUCCGAAGCCUUCGGGGCGGGCUGUGGGAGACUGUGAAAGACACCAUAGCCAGGAGUCUCGCCACCGAAGUCGUCCGGAGGGACAUCGUCGCGGAUGCUGAUAAUAAGAUUUCAGACGUGAAACAAGCCUUUUCAAGCUGGAAUGGGUGCAUGGCCCACGUUUACUGCAAGUGGCCUGCUAUUGCGCUCAUGAUUAUCGGCGGUCUCAUCCUUCUAAGUAUUAUCAUUUGUAUUGUUCGAUGCACUUGUCUGGGAAUGUCAUGUUGCUGCAGUUGCUGCUACUGCCUCAAGUGUUGCGGUAACUGCUGCGGAUGCUGCGAUGCUCCCGGCGGAGCGGCUCGCAAGCAACUCGAAGCGCCAUACGUUCCCCAGCAGUCCGGGGGAUACCGACAGGAGGCACCCAUGGUCGUUAAUAUGCCAUCGCACUCGACGGCCCCUGCUUUCUCUACGCCAGCGUCUCAUGGACCUCCGCAGUAUGCCGAAUUUGACGUCUCUAAGCAUAAUGCCGAUGCCCUCCCUGCUAUGCCGAGCUGGGAAACGGCCAACUCCAAGCAGAUUGUGCUGGAAGAGGAGGUCGAAAUGGAUACGUUGCCGCCGAAGAAGGAGCCUCUUACUCCUCAGAACAUGAACAGCCCUGGAUUCAGAGGACAGCAGCAACAGCAGCAACAGCAGAGGUCUAUGGGUCGAAAUGACCCUUACAACCGGCAGCAGAACAACUCUCCUGGUUACAUGAAUUCCUACGGCCAACAACCCGCUGCCAGCCCAUAUGGAGCUCACGACCAAGCCUAUGGUGCACAUGAUCAAGGAUUUGCUGGGCACGAUCAAGGUUACAAUGGACAUGACCAGGGCUACAACGGACACGAUCAAGGCUACAACGGACAUGACCAGGGCUACAACGCACAUGAUCAAGGCUAUGGAGUGCAACAGCAGAACUUUGGAGGACAUGACCAGGCUUACGGGGCCCACGAGCAGCAGCCUUAUGGUGUCCAUGAACAGAGCUACAACGGACAUGCCCAAGGAUUCAACGGACACGACCAAGCCUACGGCAUGCAUGACCAACACUACAAUGGACCUAACCAAGAUUAUGACAACCACGUCGCAGAUGGAUACGGCGCCAGCCAACCCUACGACCACGCAGCCCCUACGGCAGGUAUGCACAGUCCCGGACACCAGUCGCCCAUCACCAACCAGCAUGACUAUGGCAUUCCAAGACAGAUGACGCCCGGGCCAGCACGUAUGCCAACAGCCCCUCAUGAGCUUGAUGGACAGACUUCGCCAACUUCCUAUGGCACUGAUCCGCACAUGAGAAAGUCUCCUGGCCCUAGUCUGAACCAGAGACGUUCUCCAGGCCCUAACAAUGAUAUUUCCAUAACUCCUCAAAACAAGCCAGUGCCUUACAGGACGUAUACCCCUGGGCCGCAGAAUACUCUUCAUAAUGGCCAGGCCUCUCCCAUCACCAACAAUGGUGGAUUCGACUUCAACUCGGGUUAUUCUCGUCCAGCACCUCAGGACGAGCCAAACUACGAUCGGCGCCCCAGCGAAUCCCACGAACAUGAGGAGCACGAGGGAUACCCAGGUUUCAAGCCUUACAGCCCGGCUCCACAGGGCUGGAGUGGUAUCUAA